CCAAACUCGACCAAAAUUUCUCACCGCCUCGCCCCAAAACUGAAGACGAGGUCGGGAUCUCUCUCUCUCUCUCUCUCUCUCUCUCUCUCUCUCUCUCCAUCCAUCAACGGCGACAGGUGAAGCAAAUAAAAGCUAUGUCUAAACCUCGUGAGAUUGGAGAUGGCCUUGCUGUGCUGCAGUUACAAAAGUGGCAUUGGUUGCCGUUUCAACUUGAGAUAUCGGAAUUUUCUGAAGCUUUUAUAUCCCCAACAAGGCAGCUACUUUUGUUGCUUUCACACCAGUUUGAAGCCAUGUUACUUUCUCUUACUCCAGGGCGGUUUUCUUUAGAAGCUCAAGAGUCAUGCUCAUCAGAGUUUUCAGAAGGCAAUACAAGCACUAAACAACCUUCAGAAACCAACUCAUAUACUGUUAGUUCUGAUAGAUUUCAAUUUUCAGCAUUUGAGUGUUGUCCUGUUAUUUCCGGCGUGAAGUCUUUGGCUUGGGGCCACUGUGGCGAUGCUUACAGUCAAGUUGAGGAGUCUGGUUUUAGUGAACUUCUCAUUGUGUCAGGCAAUAACAGCAUUGUAAUUCACGCUUUCCGUCGUCUUGAUAAAAACACACCAAAGGCUGAAUCGAAGCUAAAAGAUGGAGAAAUGCGUGGGAAGUGGGUAGAUUGGGGCCCAUCUCAAGAUACAAAGUUGUCUAAUCCUAGUCAGAAAAAAUAUUUUCGUACUUUCGUCACAGAAAUCAGUGCGAGUGUUUCUAAUGGUGAUUAUUUAGCUAGAUUUCCUCCAUCAUCGUUAUUCCCUGAUUUUGCAGAGGUUGUAUCAUUUAGCAUUUAUAAUAGUAUUUUGUCAUUUUUGGAAUUCUGUGCUGGCACUGAUCCUCCAGUUGGGAAUAGGAAAACUGAAAGUGCUGAGUGUUCAAGAGUGUUUGCUAGUUCAUCACAUCGUUUUAUUGGCUUGGUUCUGACUCUUCGAGAAGAUGUUUUAAUAAACAGUGAUGAUAAUCUAAACAAUUCAAGCAAAAAUUUGGUGGUGGUUAUGAAGCUAUACCAGUGGGGUGUGAAGUGGCUAUUUUCGGUAAAUCUGCAGGAUCUCUAUCCUGGUAGUCCCAGUUCAGAGUGGGUGGAUUAUCAGUUUUCAGACAAUUUUCUCAUUUGUCUUAAUACCUCCGGUUUGAUCUGUAUUUGUGAUGUAAAUUCUGGUAGCACUGUCUCUUGUUUUGAUGCUUCACAGAACUGUAUAGUUCCUGCUUACCCUAGAAAGUUUAAGAGAUUAAUUGUGGCUUCCUACUAUCCUCUACUAGCUAUUGUCGAUGAACAUGGAGUAAUCUAUGUACUUAGUGCUGAUGACAUAAUACCUGGAAACCAUCCUUUGCUUCAUAAAUCUCCAUCCACUUUUACCCAUUCCAACUGUGGCAUAUUAGCUUUUUGGAAGGUUGCUGGUCAUGAGAUAGGUGGAACUAAACAAUAUAUUCAGAGUAAAGAAAGCCAACCAGAUGACUUUAUAAGCGGUUUUACUGGUGGAUCACAUCUAAAAGAUGGGAGAAAUUCACUUUCUGGGUCUGAAAGAGCUUAUAAUCCUUUACGUAGAGUAUUUCUACCUUUGUAUAGAACAAAUACGGAUCAAAUGAUUUGCCUUUCACCCUUUGGAAUCACUAGAUUUGUCAAAAGCUGCAAUAAAAUAGUUCACACUGAGCUGCGUGUGACUACAUCUGUUCUUGAUGACGGAGACUUGGGUGCCAGCUGGCAGUCCAAAAAGUGCUUUCCAGAGUCUGCUGCUCUCGGAGAAUCAAUUGGAUGUUCUUUUCAGGGAUGUCUGUAUUUGAUUACCAAAGAUGGGCUCUCUGUUACUCUUCCAUCAGUUCCAAUUUCAUCAAGUGCUUUCCCAGAAGCCGUCAGAUAUUGGCAACCAAAUAUAGCUUCCGACAAUGCAAAAGAGGCUAAGAAUUUGGUGUCGGUAAAGGAAUCUGCAGAAACGUGGAGGCCUUGGCAAAUAGAGGUUUUGGAUAGAGUGCUGUUGUAUGAAGGUCCUGAAGAAGCUGAUCGCCUUUGUCAGGAGAAUGGAUGGAGCCUCAAAAUUGCUAGGAUCCGUCAGAUGCAGUUGGCGUUGCAGUACUUAAAAUCUGAUGAAAUAGAACAAUGUUUGAAUAUGCUUGUGGACAUCAAUCUAGCUGAGGAAGGCGUCUUGAGACUUUUAUUUACUUCUGUCUAUCAGAUCUUUUGCAGAACUGGAAGUGAAAAUGAAGUUGCUGUCGCAUCAAGGUUGAUGUCUUUAGCAUCCCGGUUUGCAACUAAAAUGGUUCGAAGAUAUGGACUCUUGAAAAAUAAGAAAGAUGAGGUGGACAAUUCAAGAAAGCUUUGUGAAAUGGCUUACUUUUUGGAGGUCAUCAGAGAUAUCCAAGGCCGAGUGGCUGCAAAAAGCAAGAAGUUAGUUCUUGAGCUCGCAGAUGGCGGAGAUGCAACGAACAUGGCAGAAAAAGAGUUGUCGCAGGAUGAUUCUCUGCUUCCAGUUGUUAUUGCUGAUACUGCUUCACUACAUGCCGUGGAAUCUCAUAAUAUGCAAGAUUCAACACCAACAAAUCUAGCUUUGACACCUGCAAAAUCAGCUAUGAACUUAGCCAAUUCUAGUGAUUUCCGUGAAACAGCGGAAGACCUAAGAAAAAAAAUGAUUUUGGAGAACACCAAGGAUAUGAUUAGACGCUGGGAAAUAGAUAAUUUCGACCUAAAAACUGUUGUAAAAGAUGCUUUACACUCGGGCCGUCUCCCUUUGGCUGUUCUUCAGCUUCACCUCCUACGUCAAAAGGAGUCAGUUUCUGAAAAGGAAUCUCAAGAUACCUUCAGUGAAGUUCGGGAAGUUGGGAGAUCUCUUGCUUACGAUCUGUUUAUAAAGGGUGAAAGUGGGCUAGCUUUGGCUACACUAGAAAGACUUGGAGAUGAUAUAGAAACUGUCCUCAGACAGUUGUUGUUUGGUACUGUCAGGAGAUCACUCAGAGCACGAGUUGCAGAAGAAAUGAAGAAGUAUGGAUACUUAAGAUCACAUGAGUGGAAGAUAUUGGAGAGAAUAUCUCUGAUCGAGAGAUUGUAUCCUAGCAGUAGUUUUUGGGGCACAUAUAAUGGGAAGCAAAAACUUAUUCGCGAAGCUGCUUCAAAGGUUGCAUCCACCAAAGCAGAUAGGACAUCAUUGGUUUUACAUGUUUAUGAUAAUACUAUUAUUGAAUGUGGGGAUAUUGAUGGAGCUGUUAUUGGUUGUUGGGCAAAUGUCGAUAGUACUAUUGCUCCAUCUGAGGUUUGUGAAGAUGAUGCUCAUUCUGGGUAUUGGGCUUGUGCUGCUGUGUGGUCUGAUUCCUGGGACUCGCGAACUAUGGACCGUAUAGUGCUGGAUCAACCUUUUCAUAUGGGAAUCCACAUACCUUGGGAAUCCCAGUUUGAAUAUCACUCAUCUCACAACAAUAAGGAUGAACUGUAUAAACUCCUGGAUAUAGUCCCUUCAUCAUCAUUAUCAGAAGAAAUUCUCAAAGUUAAUUUAGAUGAUUCUUAUCCUUCUGCUACUAAUAUUGAAACUGAUACUCGAAUGUAUAUAUGUGCCGCUGAAGAGUUGGAAUCUAUUUACAUGGAUAUCCCACAUGUUAAAAUAUUGAAGUCUCCAGCUUCUUAUGCAUGCUCGUCGUGGCUUAAAGAGCUUUUAGAGCAGGAAUUUGCGAAGAAGUACAUUUUUUUAAAAGAAUACUGGAAAAGUAUUGCUGAGUUUGUAGCACUUCUUGCUCGAGCUGGUUUAAUCAUUGGAUCAUCUAAAAUUUCUUCAAGGAGUGAAUCUUCAAACAGUUCACUUGAUCUUGAUGUGUUAAGUAAAGAAGAUCAUAAAGACACCACAGAAGCCGUGCAUAAACUUGUCCUACAUUAUUGCACACGAUAUAACUUGCCACACUUCUUGGACCUUUAUCUGGACCAUCAUAACUUGGUCCAAAACUUCGAGUCUCUUUGUUUGCUGAAGGAAGCUGCUGGAGACUGUGAAUGGGCUAAGUGGCUUCUUUUCUCGAGGGUAAAAGGGUGUGAGUAUGAGGCAUCAUUCUCUAACGCUCGCUCGAAUUUGUCUUGUAAGUGGAGUACUGAUAGCAAUCUUUAUUUUCUGAGUAAUGAUGAGAUGAUACCCACUAUUGAUUAUAUGGCUAAAGAAGAAGGAGCGACUGCUGCAUUGGCUACUUUAAUGUAUGCUGCAUCUCCAAUCCAAAAGUGCUUAUGUUCUGGAAGUGUGAGUGGAAACGCUAGCUCAUCCUUUCAGUGCACAUUAGAGAAUCUUAGAUCUGGUCUACAGAAAUAUCCCACUUUAUGGAGGACCCUUGUUUCUUCUUGCUUUGGGCGAGAUGCAUAUGGUUCUUUAAUUUCCAAUGCAAAUAAUGUAUAUGAGAAGCCAUCAUUCACAGACUAUUUAAAUUGGCGGUAUAGCAAUUUUUCCUCUACCGGUGGUGACUUAUCAUUGACACAAAUGCUGCCAUUCUGGUUCUCAAACUCCAUCAGAAGGUUACUCAAAUUAUUUGUCCAGGGCCCUUCUGGGUGGCAAUCACCUGAUGCAAUUAAGAGUGGUGUUAAUGCUAUAUCUUGGGAAGCAUCUAUCCAGAAAAGCAUCGAGGAGGAAUUAUAUUCUUCUCUGCAGGACAAAGGGUUCAAGGUGGAGCAUUAUUUGCAUCGUGGCCAAGCACUGGCUGCUUUCAACCAUCUUCUUUCUGUACGAGCUUUGAGCUUAAAAUCAGCAAAUGCACGACAAGAACUUUCUGCACAACCCAACAACAUACAUUUGGAUGUACAAAAGAUUCUCACCGCGUUAAGUCAAACCGAAGUGUCAGUUGUUCAAUCAGUUCUGCCACUAGCUAUCACACACUUUGAAGACUAUACUUUGGUUGCCUCAUGCAUCUUCUUGUUGGAACUGUGUGGCCUUUCCACUAACAUGCUUCGCCUUGAUAUCACUGCACUUCGGCGCAUCUCUUCUUAUAAUAAGUCGGCCAACAUGGCAGUUCCUGGAAGUGAUAUUACUCUAUCUCUUGCUCAUUCAUUAGCGGAAGAUUAUAUCUGCCAUGAUUAUCUCCGUCUUUUGGAGCAACCAGUUUCUUCACAAAGUUCAAAAGGAAAACAACAACAACAGCAACCUUCGCGGCCUCUUAUAAGUGUCUUACACCAUUUAGAAAAGGCUAGUUUGCCGUUAAUUAAUGAAGGAAAGAGCUGUGGUUCGUGGCUUUUAACUGGUGUUGGUGAUGGGUCUCUGUUUCGAUCCGAGCAAAAAAAGGCUAGCCAUCAUUGGAGCUUAGUUACGGAGUUUUGUACAAUGCAUCAACUUCCAUUAAGUACAAAAUAUCUUGCUUUGCUUGCGAAUGACAAUGAUUGGGUUGGUUUCCUAAGCGAAGCUCAGCUGAGUGGAUUCUCAACUGAUGUUAUUAUCCGAGUGGCAUCUGAGGAGAUAAGGGAUCCACGACUGAAAAUGCACAUAUUAACUGUCCUUAGAAGCAUGCAAUCAACAAGAAAGAAAGCAAACUCUUCAGCAAACUUGGCAUCUUUAGGAAACAGUGAAGCUUUCUUAUUGGUUGAUGGACCAAAUAAUCUCUCUAUGGAACUUUUUGCUAUUAUCGCAGAGUGUGAGAAGCAAAAAUAUCCUGGGGGAGCGCUUCUAAACAAAGCAAAAAACAUGCGCUGGCCAUUUUUAGCAAUUGUUGCUUCAUGCUUUCCAGAUGUGUCCCCUCUAUCAAGCUUAAUAGUUUGGCUUGAGAUUACAGCAGCAAGGGAGACAUCGUCCAUCAAGGUGGAUGAUAUUUUCUCCAAAAUAACUAGUAAUGUAGGUGCUGCCAUCAAGGCCACCAAUAAAGCAUUACCAACCGAAGGCCAGCGCAUUGCUUUCCAUUAUAAUAGGAAGAACCCAAAAAGGAGGCGAUUCUCUGAACCCACAUUGGAAAAACCAAUAGUAAUUGACUCUUCUAAAGCUUCUACUGAUCAAGAAGUAAUUGUUGAGGAGGAAAGAAAGGAGCUUAUAGUUGAGCAGUCAAGAGUUGUGGGUGAUAAUGAUGAAGGGCUUGCUUCUCUUUCAAAUAUGGUUGCAGUGCUUUGUCAAGAACACCUUUUUCUUCCCUUGCUACGAGCAUUUGAAAUGUUUCUACCAUCAUGUACCCUUGUCCCUUUCAUUCGUUCUCUUCAGGCAUUUUCUCAAAUGCGGUUAUCUGAAGCCUCGGCACAUCUACUAUCAUUCUCGGGUCGAAUAAGGGAUGAUCUCCAUUCUGCGCAAACAAACACAGCUAGAGAUGGGGUAGUUAAUGUAGCAUGGAUAAUUACCACAUCUGUGAAAGCCGCAAAUUCAAUGCUUUCUACAUGUCCCUCAGCAUACGAGCAAAGAUGCUUAUUACAGCUUCUUGCAGCAGCUGACUUUGGAGAUGGCGGGUCUUCUGCAGCUUAUUUCCGCAGACUGUACUGGAAAAUUAAUUUGUCUGAACCUUCUUUAUCCGAUUAUGAUUAUGGAUUUGUGGGGAGUGAUACUGCAGAUGACUUUUCUUUAUUAAUGGCAUUAGAAAGAAACGGACGUUGGGAGCAAGCUCGUAACUGGGCAAAGCAGCUGGACUCAAGUAAUUCAUCCUCAAAAUCAGCUGUUCAUCAUGUCACAGAAUCACAGGCCGAAGCCAUGGUGGCGGAGUGGAAGGAGUUUCUAUGGGAUGUCCCACAAGAGAGAGCUGCUUUAUGGGGCUAUUGUCAAGCGCUUUUUGUUAGAUAUUCAUUUCCCACGUUACAGGCUGGAUUAUUUUUCCUCAAGCAUGCAGAGGCUGUCGAAAAAGAGAUCCCAGCAAGAGAACUACAUGAAAUGCUCCUGCUUUCUUUACAAUGGCUAAGUGGAACUAUAACUCAAUCAGCACCAGUUUAUCCUCUGAACCUUUUGCGGGAGAUUGAGACUCGAGUGUGGCUUCUAGCUGUAGAAGCAGAAGCUCAGUCAAAAGCUGAAGCUGAUUUUACACCACCCAAUUCUCUUCAGAAUCUUGUGGUUAGAAAUGCCACCAGCAUUAUAGAACAGACUGCAAAUAUCAUCACAAAAAUGGAUAAUAAUAUAAAUAAUGUAACACGGAUGAAGGCUACAGAUAGGAAUGGCACGAAGGAAAAUAAUGUAUCACAUCAGAUAGCAGCAAACAUUUCAAGAAUGAAAAGAAGGGGCAAACCCUAUUUGCCUCUAAGAAGGCAUGUUGAUAAUGAUGACAGCAUAAAUGAUUCUGAUGAUUUUUCUUAUUCUCCUCAAAAUUCAAGGACCAAUGCUGAAAUAUCUAGACAUUUGGCACUACAAGAGGAAAGUGAGAAGAUUGAAGACUCAGUCUCUGGAUGGGAGCAAAAUGUGAGGCCUGUAGAUAUGGAAAGAGCUGUUCUUUCCUUGUUGGAAUUUGGGCAAAUAAGUGCUGCUAAACAGCUUCAGCAAAAGCUGUCUCCUACACAUGUUCCGCUGGAACUUGUCCUAAUAGAUGUUGCUUUGAAGAUUGCUACUUUAUCAUCGUCCAGUAGCAGUGGGGAGAUAAGUUUGAAAGUGCUUGAUCGAGAAGCCCUUUCAAUUAUCCGAUCACUCAAUGUACCAGACAGCAACAAUAUGAUCGACCCAACACAGGCCUUGGAAUUGUUAGCUGCUAAGUGUGGUGAAGGUUGUGGUCGUGGUCUUUGUAGGAGAAUAAUAGCAGUUGUUAAAGCAGCAAAAGUAUUGGGCCUCUCAUUCUAUGAGGCAUUUGAGAAACAGCCGAUUGAGCUUCUACAAUUGCUUUCUCUAAAAGCACAAGACUCUCUUGAAGAAGCCAAGCUCUUAGUUCAAACUCACACGAUGCCUGCUCCUAGUAUUGCAAGAAUUCUUGCUGAAUCAUUUCUAAAGGGCUUGCUAGCUGCGCAUCGUGGAGGGUACAUGGAUUCUCAAAAGGAGGAAGGUCCAGCCCCACUUUUGUGGAGGUUCUCUGACUUCUUGAAGUGGGCCGAACUUUGCCCUUCAGGACCAGAGAUUGGCCACGCACUAAUGCGGUUGGUGAUGACUGGACAAGAAAUACCUCAUGCUUGCGAGGUCGAACUCCUCAUACUCUCUCACCAUUAUUACCAUUCCUCCGCCUGCUUGGACGGGGUCGAUGUCCUCAUAACCCUAGCGGCAAAUAAAGUUGAAUCUUAUGUACUGGAGGGGGAUUUCUCUUGUUUGGCUCGGUUAAUAACCGGAGCAAGCAACUUCCAUGCCCUAAACUUCGUCCUUAACAUCCUCAUAGAGAAUGGCCAGCUUGAGCUCCUCCUCCAGAAAUACUCAGCUGCUGAUGCAACCACCGGUGCGGCAGCAGCAGUGAGGGGUUUCAGAAUGGUUGUUCUUUCUUCGCUGAAGCUUUUCAACCCGGAUGAUCUUGAUGCAUUUGCUAUGGUCUACAACCACUUUGACAUGAAACACGAGGCCGCCUCCCUGUUGGAAUAUCGGGCUGCCCUAUACAUGAAUCACUGGUCAUCUCUCUGCGAGAAGGACCGCGAGAACACUGAGCUCAUCGAGGCAAUGCGCCAUCUCAUUGAGGCGGCGGAGGUCCUCUCCACCAUCGAUGCGGGUCACCGGACCCACCGCGCAUGCGCCCUAGCCUCCCUCCUCUCAAUCCAAAUCCGAAUCCCCGACAUCCAGUGGAUCAAUCUUUCAGAUACCAACGCUCGGAGGGUUCUUGUCGAUCAGUCCAGAUUCCAAGAAGCCCUGAUUGUUGCGGAGGCUUAUGGUCUAAACCAACCUAGUGAGUGGGCCCCAGUCUUUUGGAACCAGAUGCUGAAGCCGGAUCUGAUCGAGCGGUUUGUUGCGGAGUUCGUCGCAGUGCUCCCCUUACAACCUUCCAUGCUUCUCGAGCUUGCGAGGUUUUACAGAGCGGAGGUGGCGGCUAGGGGGGACCAGUCACACUUCUCCGUGUGGCUUUCGCCAGGUGGCUUGCCGGCCGAGUGGAUGAAGCAUCUAGCGCGGUCAUUCAGGAGCCUCUUGAAGAGGACAAGGGAUUUGAGGCUUAGGGUGCAACUGUCGACCAUCGCGACGGGAUUUGGGGAUGUGAUCGAUUCGUGCACCAAGGUGCUCGAUAAGGUCCCGGAGAAUGCGGGCCCUCUAAUUUUGCGGCGGGGCCAUGGAGGAGCAUAUCUUCCUCUUAUGUAAAUAUUAUAAACCACCUUUUCAAACUGUCUCUAUAUGGUAAAUGAGGUUCUGAUUGAUGUGGGCUGGUUUGGAGUGUCUGAAAAUGCCGGGGUGAGGUGAGUGUUUUUUUUUUUUUGGCUUUCAUUUUGACCCACUUUUCCUUUUGAUUCGUUAUAAUAGUGAGUUUUAGUCCUUAUAUGAUCGUUGUAUCGCGAAACUUCACCUUUUCUCAUGUGUAGAAGCAAUCGUUUUUUUAUUAUUUUUUGAAAA